AUGGCUCUCGGUCUGGUUCCCUACUCUGAAAUGGCGCUUGCAAAAACACAGUACGCGCAGAUUGUGGGUUAUGGCGAUGGUAGAGCUGCUAUGGACCAACAAACUGUCGCCCGCUGCAGUCGUAUACUUUCUGGUACGAUCCUCGCGUUGAGUCCGAUCACAGUGCUGAAACCCGCCUUAGAUGAGAUACUGGGGCAUGGUAUUCUCGCUGCUGACUUCGAGGAGUCUGCUGGCACCUGCUUGAUGACACGCCGUGUCUCCGUCUUAUAUCGCCCGUCAAAAGUAAUAUGCAUACUUCUAUCCAGUCUCUUUGUUAUCGCUCAGGCCACCUCCAUCUUGUCCGUGGGCUUAGUCUCGGUCUCAGGCGCCGCGUACUACCAAACACUAAGUAAAGGCUAUUGCUCUACCGCGAUUCCGAAGGACGACCAACCUUGGAGGUUGUUCUUAGACGUCCUGUGCCCCAUCUUACUGGAAUUUGUUCUGCUUGCCUUAACCCUAAUUCGAUUCGUCACCAAUGCCAAGGCCUCUCGUCGACGGCUCCUGAGGUGGUCUGUGGAUGAUAUCCUUCAUUUGGUGGUCAGGGACAACAUCGUGUAUUUCGUGAUUAUUUUGGCUUGCUUCUUCAUGACCUCGAGAUGGGCACUUCCUCAUGAUGAGGCCAAGCAUUAUACACUCGGCGCGGCGGCCUACAUCGUCGUCUGCAACGCAAGCCAGGUGUUUUCCCUGGUCAUGUGCGGUCCCCGUAUAAUUCUCAACGUGAGGCGGUUUUAUGGUAAUGAGUUUGAGAGUCAUCAUUCCUCAGCGAACGUAGAUCUUGAACUUCAACUUACUACCAUACAGCUGGACAGUGCAUUGGCUGAGAUCAACAGUACUUGUUAA